UAUUACUAAAUAACAAGAUGGCGGCGUUUCGGUUGUUAUUGUUGUUGCUCGCUGUGUUUGCGGGAGCCCGGGCGGCUCUGGACGGGGCUCUGGGGGAGAGUUCGGGCUGUCAGCGGGUGUGCGAGGGGACAUACAGCCUGCACACCUACCCCGAGGAGGAUGAGCAUUUUGCCUGCCUCAGAGGCUGCCGGCUCUUCGCUAUAUGUCAGUUUGUAGAUGAUGGAGACGACCUGAAUAAGACUAAACAGGAGUGUGAUUCUGCGUGCAUGGAGGCCUAUCAGCAGCCUAAUGAGCAGUACGCCUGUAAUAUGGGCUGCACCAGUCAGAUGCCAUUUGCAGAGAAGAGACAGGAAGAACUAAAGUCAUUAAUGCCACAGAUUCAUCUGCUCUUUCCAAUCACUUCUGUGAGAUCUUUCUGGAGUAACAUGAUGGAUUCUACACACAGUUUUAUCACCUCUUCCUGGACGUUCUACAUGCAGGCCGACACAGGGCGGAUUAUUGUGUUCCAGUCUGAGCCUGAAAUCCAGCAAAUGCCCCAGCUCCUGUCUGAGAACCCAGUUCCCAGUGACCUCCUGCUGGACAAGGCAUCCUCUGAUAUUGUGUCCUCAGAACCCACUGGAGAAGAUUUGUGGCAGAGCAGAUCUGGCCUGUUGGAUGGAAUGAACCGUCUCACUGGUUGCUUCUCAGUGAACACCAGCUGGCUCCUGAGUGCCACCCUUGUGCUCUCGGUGCUCGUCCUUCUCUGGAUUUGUUGUGCUACAGUUGCUACUGCAAGCGAUCAGUACAUACCGACUGAGAAGCUGAGUAUUUACGGGGAUUUGGAAUACCUGAAUGACCAGAAGCUUCACAGAUACUCCCCCUCAGCAUUGGUGGUUGUACACUCAAAUCACAAUGAAGAGGAGGCAGGACCGCUUCCAGCCAAGAUGGACCUAACCAAGUCUGCUCUAUAAGGUCGCUCCUGCCGCACCUUUUGUCACCUUCUAGAAGCCUGAAGAAUUUGUGCAGCUUAUGGAUGAAGUCUCAGAUUGCAUUAAAAGCGUUAACACUUUGAACUUAUACGUUCCUUGUGGGUCUGAGAGUAAGAAUCUCUUAUCAGUUCUGGUAAAAGUGCUGUCCAGCAUAAGGCAAAUUAAUCAACCUAUCAUAGCUCCUUUGCAUUGAUUUUAUUUCUAAUUUUGGCUCUGGCAGGAGUGGACGAGCACCCUGAUGUGCCCAUAUCCUGCUACAUAUGAAAAAGUGCCUACUGGAGCCGGGGUGAGGUUUACAAUAUGGGGUUAUAAAGUGCAAUCUGGGGCCACUAGUAGUGGGUAAUGAACAUAAUCUUAUUGAACAGAAACUGUAGUUCUAUUUAGUUAUGGAGUUAGAUGCUAAUGAGUUUACACUGAUUAUGUGCUGCUGGGAGGGGGGUGUAAUAAACAUAUGGUGUAUAGUGCUUCAGAAACCUCAUUAUCCCAUCUGUUGUAUGAUUGUACUGGAUAAGUAAGGACUGGAGUGUAGUGCAGAAAGUCCUGUUGUUGCUAGGUCUGCUGUCUGUUCUGCUUGUGUCACUCUAGAGUGUCUAUACUGCUCUUCCCCAAAGGAUUUACUGGGUGAUGAUUUCAUCAUGAUUUCACACAAUCUUAAAUAUCAUCUGUGGGUUUAAAUAUAUUUGGGUUUAACAAGUCGUGUGUAUUUCUGUUUACAUGUUUUUAUUAUUUUUUUACUCAUUUAUUGCUCAACAAAACAAAUAUACCACAAAAUAGGACGACUGUCCCAGAGUAAAAUGCAAAAUGAUUACCGAUCUCGGGUCAACAAUUUUAAAAGCUGACAUUUAUAGGUUUUGUAUUUGAGUAAAAGGAACAUUUUUUUUUGUUCUAUAAACUACUGGCAACAUUUCUCCCAAAUUCCAAAUAAAAAUAUUGUCAUUUAAAGCA